ACAUUUUACUUCUCAUACAAUACAAGAGGUCACAUAUACAGACCUUCUCUCCCUCUCUCUCUUUCUCUCUCAACAUUCUACCUUCUUUUCUUUUCCUCUUUUCACAACCAUUUGUGAGAUUCCUCCAAUGUUCUUCUCUCUUCCAUUGGAUUGUACAGAUUCCCAGCUACACUACACACAUCAAUCCCUUCAAUUCUAGUUGCUGUGGGAUUGUUUGUUUAUGUGAAAAAAUUUUAAGGACUGUAAAAGACAAAACUUUUCUGGGUUUAUUGGUUUCUGCUUUAUAUUUAUUUUUUCUUCUGCAAACUAUCAUUCUGGGUUUGCUCAUAAAACAAAGCCUUUCAAGAUAACUGUUGUAUUUUUCAGAAAAAAAAUCCAUUUUUCUUAGCUUAUUUGUCAAAAGAAUAAUUUUUUUUCUUUUUCUUCCUCAUUUUUCUGCAAAUUUUCUUCAUAUUCCUUUUUAUUAAUUUGCGGAAAAGAUUGAGACAUGGGCAAGCAAGGACCUUGCUAUCACUGUGGAGUUACAAGCACGCCACUCUGGCGCAAUGGACCACCCGAGAAGCCAGUACUAUGCAAUGCAUGUGGGUCUCGAUGGAGAACAAAGGGAACUCUUGCAAAUUAUACCCCUUUACAUGCUCGAGCAGAAACUGAUGAUUAUGAUGAUCAAAGGGUUUCCAGGGUAAAGAGCAUAUCGAUAAAUAAGAAGAAAGAAGUGGCAUUGCUCAAACGAAAACAGAACCAUGAUAAUGUAAUGUCUGGAGGGUUUGCACCUGAUUACAACCAGGGAUACCAAAAGGUUGUAGAUGAAGAUAUUAGCAACCGGUCGAGUUCAGGAUCAGCUAUCUCUAACUCAGAGAGCUGUGCACAAUUUGGUUAUGGUGGCAUGGAUGCUAGUGAUCUGACAGGUCCUGCUCAGUCAGUGGUCUGGGAUGCCAUGGUGCCUUCAAAAAAGAGGACAUGUGUUGGUCGUUCAAAGCCUUCUUCUGUUGAGAAGCUAACAAAAGAUUUAUGUACUAUUCUUCAUGAACAACAGUCAUAUUUUUCGGCAUCUUCUGAAGAAGAUCUUCUUUUUGAAAGUGAUACACCAAUGGUCUCUGUUGAGAUAGGACAUGGAAGCGUUCUCAUUAGGCAUCCUAGCUAUAUAGCUCGUGAAGAAGAGUCUGAGGCUAGCUCUCUUUCAGUUGAUAAUAAACAAUGCCCAAUGAGUGAGGCAUAUUCUUGUUCUGGUGGCAUUCUAAUGCAUAAUGAUUCCAGUCGCUUGAAGUCUUCAUCUCUGGAAGUUGAAAAGAUCGGGAACUCUACUGGUCAAGGAGUGCUGCAGGAACAACUUAAAAGUGACAAGUCUCAACAUGAAAGAGUACAAAUUCUUGGCAAUCAUGAAUCCCCAUUGUGCUCAAUAGAUUUAAAUGAUGUUGUAAACUAUGAAGAGUUUUUGAGAAUCUUGACAAAUGAAGAGCAACAGCAAUUACUGAAGUUACUUCCUGUGGUUGAUACUGCUAAACUCCCUGAUAGCCUUAAAGUCAUGUUCAAUAGCUCUCAAUUCAAGGAGAACUUAACUUACUUUCAGCAGCUUCUUUCAGAAGGAGUCUUUGAUAUCUCUUUGUUGGGGGCAAAACCUGAAGACUGCAAGACUUUGAAAAUACUUGCAUUAUCCAAUCUGUCAAAGUCAAAAUGGGUAGAACACCAUAAUUUUCUCAAGAAAUAUAAAAACAAAGCUGUAAAAUCUAAUACUAUGGGAUCUACUGGUACAGCAUCAAUUAAUGUUUUGAACAACAGGGCAUCAACUAAUGUUGCAAAUAUCAAGAGAAUGUGUGAUAGCAGAAAUCAAAACUUUCCAGAAUUGAAGACAAUAAUGAGGAGCCCCAAAAGAAUGAUCACAAAGGCUAGUUUUGAGUGCAAAGAAGCAGUAGAAGAUGGUGCUUGCUAUAGUCCAAAACACCUAUUUGCUUUGCCUCCUGAUGCUAGUUCUCUCUUGCUGGAUUCUUUCAACUUUGUUGAGGAGAGUGGUGAUCAGGAUCUGCUGCUAGAGGUGCCAUCUAACACUUCUUUUCCACAGGCAGAGCUCUUGCACCCAACUUUAAGCCUUGGUGCUCAAGCCAGCACUGGUAGCAGCUCAGUCUACUCAAAUCUUGUUCACCAUUAAGUACACUUUACCAGGUUUAUUUGGAUGGUUAGUUAUGGUGCAUAUUUUACAUCUUAAAACAUACGAUGGUUUUGCUUUUGGUUACUUACAACCUUCUUUAACUUGGAUUGCCAACUAUGGAAGUUGGGUGGGUUUUUUCUGUAUAGGUUGGUAACAAAUUGUAACAUACAGCAUGAAAUGAGGAAUGAUAAUAAUCUCCAGAAAUUUUGUGUAGUUUUUUGUUUUGUGAAUAAUUUUGACACUUUUUUUUACCUACAACAACAAAUAAAAUGAGAGGACAACAUUAUGGGA